CGGCCAGGCGGGUAGCCGGCCCGAGGGCGCGGCGCCAUGAGGCUGUACAGCCUCAGCGUCCUGUACAAAGGCGAUGCCAAGGCGGUGCUCCUCAAAGCCGCGUACGACGUGUCCUCCUUCAGCUUCUUCCAGAGAUCCAGCGUUCAGGAAUUCAUGACCUUCACAAGUCAGCUGAUUGUGGAGCGCUCCUCGAAAGGCAGCAGAGCUUCUGUCAAGGAACAAGAAUAUCUGUGCCAUGUCUACGUGAGAAACGACAGUCUGGCGGGAGUGGUCAUUGCUGACAGUGAAUACCCAUCCCGGGUGGCGUUUACCUUGCUGGAGAAGGUACUGGACGAAUUCUCCAAGCAGGUCGACAGGAUAGACUGGCCAGUUGGAUCCCCCGAUACCAUCCAGUACGCAGGCCUGGACGGUCACCUCAGUAGAUACCAGAACCCCCGAGAAGCUGACCCCAUGACUAAAGUGCAGGCUGAACUAGAUGAGACCAAAAUCAUCCUGCACAACACCAUGGAGUCUUUGUUAGAGCGAGGCGAGAAGCUAGAUGACCUGGUGUCCAAAUCCGAAGUGCUGGGAAUACAGUCUAAAGCCUUCUAUAAAACGGCCCGGAAGCAAAACUCGUGCUGUGCGAUCAUGUGACAGCGGCCGGCAGAGGCCCCUGCGCUGGAACGCCACCGUCACAUCGGAACUGCAGCCCCCAGGGAGCAGACCCACCGUGGAACGACCCGAGUGGGACAGACUCAACUUUGGCUUUGGAGCUCGUGGGAGAAACCGAAGGGUGGAAGGGACCUGGGGGUGGGGAACGUUCAGAUUCACAUGUCUAGUGAUUUGAGGCCCCCUAAACAUGUAUUUUGGGGCCGAAUGAAACCAUAAAGCUCAGUGACUCCUGUA